UUCAAUAUGGAAAGUCCCGGAUCCAUAUCGCUGCUGAUCCCCCCAUACCACCUCUCUAUGUGUCAACUGCACUGGUCGGUCGGUAAAGACUACCUAAUCAAUUGGGCUCUGAUUUCAUUUCUUCGCCGACUGUACAAUGUACACCAUCCGUCAUUGUUGCUGUUCUUUUUAAAGUUAAAAUGAUAACAAGGAAGUCGAAGAGUUGGAAGGCUCAUAUACUGGCUACUGCUGACGACUACUGUGCGAUUAACAUUGUUGGCAAGUUAUUGAGACUCACGCCACACACUACUGGUAUGAUGUCCGUUCUGCCAGAAGCCGGAAACGAUUAUAAAAUACACGACACACAAUUGUCAUAUUACAACUUUUCGAUUCAAGAGUCUAGUCCUUUCUUGUAUACCAAAAAUUCAAGAUACAGAAAUAAUAGGUACACGGAAUUGUCAAUUUCGGCCAAAAGAACCAUAAAAAAAGGUGAAGUUAUAGAAGGGUUACCACUUACCCAAUUGAAGCACAAUAUAUUGUCCGUGGUCAAAAUGAUUAUUCGUUAAUUAAAAGUGGCAGGACAAGGCUACAUUUAUUAUUCCUAGGACCCGCUGCUUUUUGUAACCAUGAUUGUGAGGCAAAUGCAGAAAUUAUCUGCACAUCAAAAAUAAGAAGUGAUGUAAAAGCAAUUGAAGACAUACAAGCAGGAGAAGAAAUAACUGUAUACUAUGGCCGACACUACUUUGAUGAUGAUAACCUGCGGUGUCUAUGUCAAUCGUGUGUUCUUAAUCGGUCAGAGGUAUCAGAUAACGAUCGUAUAGAAGAUUUAGAUAUGUUAGAUGGCGAUGAGUGUUCAAUAACGGAAUCGAAUGCGUUAUCACCAGGACGUGGUUUAGAUAACUUAUCACUUGGCCAUCAUGACCAUUUUAUUACACCACUAAACGGGUACGACAAUUCUAAUGAAGCUAGUGAGAAAACUACCGAACAGAUAACUGUUGUUGAUAAGUCACCACCGUCUAAUACUAGUCCCCGUGAGGAAAGCGAUAAUGUUUUUGAUGCCCAAUCAGUCGAAAAUUCAUUGACAACACCCGCUAUCAUCAGUUCAAACAAUGAGUCGGGCGGUUCUAAUGACACUAGUGAGAAAACUACCGAACAGAUAACUGUUGUUGAUAAGUCACCACCGUCUAAUACUAGUCCCCAGGAGGAAAGCCAUAAUGUAAAUAACUCCUUCCAAACAACACGAGCGGACCCCCCUUGACAUCAUAUUUUCCCCAAAUGGUGUGAUAAAUCGGUAUUGUAUAAUUCGGUUUUUAAUUAGGUCAUAUUUUCCCCAAAUGGUGUGAUAAAUCGGUAUUAUAUAAUUCGGUUUUAAAUUACAUCAUAUUUUCCCCAAAUGGUGUGAUAAAUCGGUUUUUAAUUAGGUCAUAUUUUCCCCAAAUGAUGUGAUAAAUCGGUAUUAUAUUAUUCGGUUUUAAAUUACGUCAUAUUUUCCCCAAAUGGUGUGAUAAAUCGGUAUUAUAUUAUUCGGUUUUAAAUUAAGUCAUAUUUUCCCCAAAUGGUGUGAUAAAUCUGUAUUAUAUAAUUCGGUUUUUAAUAACGUCAUGCAGCAAACAUCAAUGCUAAUAUGUCCUCUUCCAAUUGAAUUUUUAUAUUAUUAGGUAAAUCUUUCAUUGUUUCCAUCAAAUAGGUGCAAACUGGGUCAGUCA